ACAAAGAAUCUUAAAAAAACAAUCUAGUAGUAGGUAGUGGGAAGCAUGUAAUCUCUAUCAUGUUACUAUACAUAGACCUUUAUUUGGUGAGCAAAGGAAACUCCAUCAAUCACCAUAGAACAAUGGCUUCUUGGAACCAUCUCUUGAAAUGUUGGAUUCUUCUAGCUAUACUCUUGAUCGUGCAGGCUCAAACCAACCGGAAGCUUCUUGACAACAACACACCUGCAACAUACUCUCAUUUCAAACAUCCACCUAUGGAUUCUCGUCAAGAUUAUCUUCCUACUUCCCACCGUUCACUUGGUGCUCAAUAUUACAAGAGAUCACCACCUCCACCACCACCAAGAAAAAGAUAGAAAAGACAGAAUCCGAAACCACUGGUCGCGGCGAAGACUCGUGUAAGUUCGUGUCAUGUUUGGAAAGAUCAUAUACGUUCUCAUCUUUGUUUUGUAUUUUGAAGAUAAUGUCUAAUGAUUUCACUUCUCGUCAAGUUGGUAUAUGUUUUCCAAAGCAAUAUUUCGUGUACCACCCUUCAACAUUGGUGACAAUAAAGAUAAUUGUUUCAAAUAAUAAAUGCAGUAUAUUUUUCUCUU